AUAUGGGCGGCUCGAAUAAAUAUCAAACGAAAAUGCCCUCAUUACUCUUCGAAUUUACACAAUGUGCCAUCACCGUAGAAAACAUAUAACAAAAAAAAAAAAAAAAAAAAAAAAGUUAUCUUAGAAAAUAAGGACUUGAAGACAGCAGAGAGAGACCAAGGAGAAGAAAAAGAAAAAAAAAAAAGCUUUAUCAGAAGAAGAAGAAGAAGAAGGACAAAGUUUGAGACUUUGGAAGAUUUGAAGAAGAUAGCUCGAAGCUGUUGAGGAGAGAAGUCAAAUCCUUUCUCUUGUUUCCUUGAUUAGAUCGGGAAAUCUACAAGUUGAAAGAUUCGUUUUUUUUGUAAAUCGUUUCGAAUCUGAACAUUCGAUUUCUGGUCAUGUUUUGCCUGGUUCGUCUCGAGCUUUCGUUGAACCGAAGAAGAGUUUAUGCUUGAAAGCUCCGAUUUUGUGUUUACUUAUUAGAACACUUAUUAGCUAAGAGGUAGAUAUGUUGAGUAGGUACGUUGGUUCGUUCCUCCGCUAGAGAUAUACAAUUUGAAAAAGAAGAGGACUUUGAAAAAGGGUCAGACUCAGAUCGAUUUCUUUCUUCUACUUAAGAGAUGGAUGAGGUAGGAGCUCAAGUGGCUGCUCCGAUGUUUAUUCAUCAUCCGAUGGGGAAAAAACGCGAUCUUUAUUAUCCGAUGUCGAAUCGGUUGGUUCAAUCUCAGCCGCGUAGUGAUGAGUGGAAUUCCAAGAUGUGGGAUUGGGAUAGCCGGAGAUUUGAAGCUAAACCGGUGGAUGUUGAGGUUCUUCGGUUAGGAAAUGAGGCACAAGAGUUUGAUUUGACUUUGAGGAAUAGGAGUGGUGAAGAAAGAGGACUUGAUUUGAAUCUGGGAAGUGGUUUGACCGCUGUGGAAGAUUUGACGACGACGACGACGCAGAACGGUAGACCGAGUAAGAAGGUUCGGUCUGGAUCUCCGGGAGGGAAUUAUCCCAUGUGUCAGGUGGAUAAUUGUACUGAAGAUUUGUCUCAUGCUAAGGAUUAUCAUAGAAGGCAUAAAGUUUGUGAAGUUCAUAGCAAAGCUACUAAAGCUCUUGUUGGGAAACAGAUGCAGAGGUUUUGCCAACAGUGUAGCAGGUUUCAUCUGCUUUCUGAGUUUGAUGAGGGAAAGAGAAGUUGUAGGCGUAGAUUGGCUGGCCAUAACCGACGUAGGAGGAAAACUACGCAGCCGGAGGAGGUUGCAUCUGGGGUUGUGGUUCCGGGGAACCGUGAUAAUAAUAAUAAUACCUCUACCACCAAUAUGGAUCUUAUGGCUUUGUUAACCGCCUUAGCUUGUGCACAAGGUAAGAAUGCGGUAAAGCCAGCGGGGUCUCCAGCUGUGCCUGAUAGGGAGCAGCUUCUUCAGAUACUUAACAAGAUAAAUGCCUUGCCUUUGCCUAUGGAUCUUGUCUCUAAGUUGAACAAUAUUGGAAGUUUAGCAAGGAAAAAUAUGGAUCACCCAACGGUGAACCCACAAAAUGAUAUGAAUGGGGCUUCUCCUUCUACCAUGGACUUGCUUGCUGUUCUUUCGACAACGUUAGGCUCGUCUUCACCUGAUGCGCUAGCCAUAUUAUCUCAAGGUGGGUUUGGUAACAAAGACAGCGAGAAGACUAAGUUAUCUUCUUAUGAACACGGUGUAACAACCAAUUUGGAAAAGAGAACUUUUGGGUUUUCUUCUGUUGGAGGAGAGAGGAGCAGUAGCAGUAACCAAUCUCCUUCUCAGGAUUCAGAUUCACGUGGUCAAGACACUAGGUCUAGCUUGUCUCUACAACUAUUCACCUCAUCACCCGAGGAUGAGAGUCGACCGACAGUGGCAUCGUCUAGAAAGUAUUAUUCUUCUGCCAGCAGUAAUCCUGCUGAGGAUAGAUCGCCAUCUUCCUCUCCGGUCAUGCAGGAGUUAUUCCCAUUGCAGACAUCCCCUGAAACCAUGAGGUCUAAGAAUCACAAUAACACAAGUCCCAGGACUGGUUGCUUGCCCCUUGAGCUCUUUGGUGCAUCGAAUAGAGGAGCUGCAAAUCCUAAUUUUAAAGGUUUUAGGCAACAGUCUGGUUAUGCUUCUUCUGGCUCGGACUACUCUCCUCCUAGCUUAAACUCUGAUGCUCAGGACCGCACCGGAAAGAUAGUCUUCAAACUACUUGAUAAAGAUCCAAGUCAGCUCCCUGGGACAUUACGAUCUGAGAUCUAUAACUGGCUGUCUAACAUUCCAUCAGAAAUGGAGAGUUAUAUUAGGCCUGGCUGUGUUGUUCUAUCUGUUUAUGUGGCGAUGUCACCUGCAGCCUGGGAACAACUCGAGCAAAACUUGCUGCAACGGCUUGGUGUUUUGCUACAAAAUUCUUCUUCUGAUUUUUGGAGAAACGCGAGAUUUAUAGUUAACACGGGCAGACAGCUCGCAUCACACAAAAAUGGUAAAGUUCGAUGCAGCAAAUCUUGGAGAACUUGGAAUUCACCAGAGCUCAUCUCAGUGUCACCUGUAGCUGUGGUAGCUGGUGAAGAAACAAGUUUGGUUGUAAGAGGUAGAAGCUUGACUAAUGAUGGAAUCAGUAUUCGCUGCACACAUAUGGGUAGCUACAUGUCAAUGGAUGUAACCGGGGCAGUGUGUAGACAAGCCAUAUUUGACAAGUUGAAUGUAGAUAGUUUCAAAGUCCAAAAUGUACACCCUGGUUUUCUUGGACGCUGUUUCAUUGAGGUGGAGAAUGGAUUCAGGGGUGACAGUUUUCCAUUGAUUAUUGCCAAUGAAUCCAUCUGCAACGAGUUAAAUCGCCUCGAAGAAGAGUUUCACCCCAAAAGUCAAGAUAUGACAGAAGAACCAGCGCAGAGCUCAAAUCGCGGUCCCACAUCAAGAGAAGAAGUUUUAUGCUUCUUGAACGAGCUUGGUUGGCUUUUCCAGAAGAACCAGACUUCUGAGCCUCGGGAACAAUCCGACUUUUCCCUUACCCGCUUCAAGUUUUUACUUGUUUGCUCGGUUGAAAGAGAUUACUGUGCUCUCAUUAGAACACUCCUCGACAUGUUGGUAGAGAGAAAUUUGGUGAAUGAUGAGCUGAACAGAGAAGCCUUGGAAAUGCUCGCCGAGAUUCAGUUGUUGAAUCGUGCUGUUAAGAGGAAAAGCACAAAAAUGGUCGAACUACUCAUUCAUUACUCGGUUAAUCCCUCAGCACUCAGUUCCUUCAAAAAGUUCGUUUUCUUACCCAAUAGAACUGGACCUGGCGGUAUCACACCUUUACAUAUAGCUGCUUGUACAUCUGGUUCAGAUGAUAUGAUUGAUCUACUCACCAAUGAUCCACAAGAGAUCGGAUUAUCGAGCUGGAACACUCUUUGCGAUGCAACCGGACAAACUCCAUACAGCUACGCUGCAAUGAGGAACAAUCAUAACUAUAACUCAUUGGUGGCUCGUAAACUUGCAGACAAAAGAAACAGGCAAGUCUCACUAAACAUCGAGAACGAGAUAGUUGACCAAACCGGUCUGAGCAAGAGACUAAGUUCAGAGAUGAACAAGUCAUCAACUUGUGCCUCGUGUGCAACCGUGGCUCUAAAGUAUCAAAGGAGAGUUUCAGGUUCACACCGUUUGUUCCCAACUCCUAUCAUUCACUCAAUGCUUGCGGUUGCAACGGUCUGCGUUUGCGUCUGCGUUUUCAUGCACGCUUUCCCAAUCGUCAGACAAGGGUCUCACUUCAGUUGGGGAGGUUUGGAUUAUGGCUCAAUCUAGAGAAAUAUACUAUAUAAAUUAUAAUUUAUUCUUUUGGUUUCACAAAGACAAAACAAAAAAAUAAGAAAAAGAGAAGAGACUCUGGUACGGAUAUAAGGAGAAGCUCAGAGACAUGACUGUGACACACGACCGAAGUGACUACAGUAUUUACUCGAGGGAGUUUCACCGUCGGGAGUUUUUUUUUUUUUUCUGUCUUCAAUUAUAUAUAUUUUGGUUUGGCUAAUUUGUUGUGUAUUUCUGUGUAUUUCCUUCUACAUUUUCCUACUUUCUAUGAUUAUUAUUAUUAUUAUUUUAACUAAGAUAAUAACAUGCUGCUUCAUAUAAGCAGCAGUUGUUUUACUGUUUUGUUUUUUUGUUCUUUGUCUUUGUAAAUUUGUACUUUGUACAAGUAGAUCUCAUGUUGUAACUUCAAGAAUUUAUGUAACUUUGUUGUUUCUUAUU